AUGGCAAGGAAAAAGGAGCUCGUGCCCAUGAUCAAUUGGGUAUACGACCUGAUACUAUGGGUGAUGUCUGUUCUGGUUGAUCUCUUCUUCAGAGAAGUCCAUCCACGAGGGUCAUGGAAGGUGCCGAGACGAGGGCCCGUCAUCUUCGUUGCGGCCCCUCAUGCGAACCAGUUCGUCGACCCCCUCAUCCUGAUGCGAGUAAUCAAAAUGGAAGCUGGUCGCCGCAUAGCCUGGCUUAUUGCCGAGAAAUCCAUGAGAAGAAAAUUUAUUGGCGGCCUAGCCAGAGCAGCAGGGGCGGUUCCCGUAGGAAGAGCGUUAGAUAGCACGAAGCCCGGCACGGGCAAGAUAUACCUUCCGGACGCAAAGAAUGAUCCUACGUUGGUACGAGGAGUUGGCACGCAAUUUGAGAAGGAAUGCCAGAUUGGAGGGCUUUUGGUUUUGCCGUCUGUGAAUGGUACUGCGGCUAACUCAGACAUUUUGGAGAUACACGGGAAUGAGGAGAUCAAAUUGAAAAAGGAAUUCAAGGGUGAUACGGCAAUCGAGCAGCUUACGGGGAAAGCUAAAGUCGAUGGCGGAGAGAAAAAGGUGGAGACCAGCGAUGAGGAGAAACAGGGUUUCCAGGGAACAAGCUAUAAGACUGCGCCGAAGGUUGAUCAGUCGGUGGUGUAUGAUGCUGUGUUUGAAAGGCUCCAGAGUGGCGGCUGCGUUGGUAUCUUUCCUGAAGGUGGAAGCCACGACAGAACAGAGUUGCUGCCCUUGAAAGCCGGCGUCGCGAUAAUGGCUCUUGGAUCAUUGGCAGCAAAUCCGGAGUCAGGCGUCAAGAUCGUUCCGUGUGGUAUGAACUAUUUCCAUGCCCACAAGUUCAGGUCACGAGCGGUAGUCGAAUUCGGCCCCCCUGUUGAUGUACCUACUGAGCUUGUGGAACUCUACAAAAGUGGCGACAGACGAGAAGCAACACGUCGAUUGCUGGAGAUAGUGUAUCAAGCUUUAGUCGCGGUGACAGUGACGAGUCCUGACUAUGACACUUUAAUGUUGAUCCAAGCAGCUCGGCGGCUGUACAAUCCCACGGGUAAGAAGCUGCCUCUUCCAAUGAUUGUUGAACUCAAUCGGCGGCUGGUGAAAGGGUAUACUCAGCACAAAGACGAUCCCAGGAUUGUCAAUCUUAAGAAGUCCGUCAACGGAUACAACAAACAGCUCUGGCUCCUCGGUGUACGAGAUCAUCAGGUCGAAUACGCAAGGUUCUCAAUACCGAAAGUCGUCUUUACACUCAUCUACAGACUUGGGAAACUUGGUGUGUUGACCGUUGGAACAUUGCCAGGCCUAGUACUCUUUGCACCAGUCUUCAUAUCUUCGAAAAUUAUUUCCAUAAAGAAGUCCCGUGAAGCCUUAGCGGCGUCGACAGUGAAGCUUCAAGGGCGCGACGUCAUGGCUACCUGGAAGCUGCUCGUCGCUCUCGCCUUUGCCCCAAUCCUCUACGCUACUUACACAAUUACCUUGACCUAUUGGACUCACAAAAACAGAGUCCAGGGCUACAUGCCAGAAUGGGUCCCCCUAUGGAUGGUCGUUUUAUUUGGUGUAGUCUUCUUCCCAUCCAUAACAUUCGCCGCCCUCCGUAUCGGCGAGACAGGCAUGGACAUCGUCAAAUCGCUUCGGCCUCUGGUCUUAUCUCUCUAUCCUACCUCCGCAAACACUCUACAGCAACUCCGCGAGAAGCGCGCCACGCUCUCUCAUGAAGUAACAGACGUCAUCAAUACCCUGGGACCGGAAAUGUUUCCAGACUUCGACUCCGCCCGCAUUAUCGCCGAUCCCUUUCGCGACGGCGCUCUUCUAUCUCCCAAGUCUCCACGCACCCAUUCCAGAACCUCGUCCGGCUUCCCUCCGACCCCUCCAACCCGCAGCAACGCCAAUGAAGGCCUGGCAAGCGUCGGUAGCGGCUCCUCAACUCAAGGCUACCUCCCGCACAAUGAUUCCUUCCAUGACCUCGGAAACAUUGGCCUCUUCGCUUCUAGGCCUCCAAGUCGAAGUCGCAGCCGAAGUAGCUCGAGUGGUGGGAAAGCUGGCAGUGCAGGAUUUUCGGUAAAGGCCUUUAGCGCAAUUAGCUCGAAGGAAAGCCUGGAAGAGGUUAGUAAGAAGAUAAGGGGCGCAAUGAGGGAGAGGGGCAAGGAGAGGAGGAGGAAGAGUGAGGAUGGGAGUGGGGGUUGGGAUUUUGCAGGUAGUGAGACUGGGAGUGCGACGCCCGAUAGUGCUGCUGAGGGAAGGAAGGACGUUUAG